AUGAACCACACAAUUAACGAGUUGAUACAUCCAGAUGAUCAGGAUAAAAUUCGGGAUCAACUGUGUGGAAGUGAAGUGGCAAUCAAUAAAGUGCUAGAUUUGAAAACAGGUACCGUGAAACGAGAGGGGGCAGCAUCGCGUGUUCACAUGACAUGCCGAAGAGGUUUCAUCUGUCGAAUGCGACUUGGUCCGUUGGAGCCGCUUCAUCGGUUACGGAAUCGACGACCGCUUUUCCAACAUGGAGGGCAUAAUUAUGUGGUUAUGCAUUGUACCGGUUAUAUAAAGAACACUCCGCCUACUGGUAUUGAUGCACCUUCUUCAUCAUGUCUAGUGGCCAUUGCUCGACUACAGGUAGCCUCCAUGCCAUUAUGUGAUCCAGCCGAGUUGACGAGGAUUUCAAUGCGAAUUGCCGACGACGGUAAAAUGACCUUCGUCGAUGCUCGGGUCUCUCAACUACUCGGUCUUACCCCUGAUCAACUUGUUGGGCGAUUUUGGUGGCAAGUGGUACAUCCAUCCGAUGAGCAAUCUUUGCACGAAUCGUUCAUGGCCAUGAUGACACGUGAUCAACCAAUGCGACUAAACUGCCGUAUUCGAUCGGCGAACGACUAUCGACCGUGUAGUAUCUCGGCGUACAAGUUCCUCAACCCGUUCAACGAUCAGUUCGAAUUCGUCGUCGCCACGCAUCACAUCCUCACCGGGGACGAGGAAGUCGUGGAUUCCGACCUCCACAGAACCCGGUCCUGCCUAUGUCCCUCCCGGUGCUGCGGACUACGCCACUCAGGAUUGGCGACCGCAACAAGAUGCUUCCCGAGAUGCGACCACCUGGAACGCUUGGGAUCCGCAAAACUAUCCGCCUCACUCGUAAAUACAAACCAGUCAUUCAGUUUCUCGUCCUCUUACUUUUAUUUAUUUCACGUGAUGCAUAUAUUAUCUAGCUCUUAUGUAAGGUUCAGCAUGGAGGUCGCACCAAAUCGAAGGACCACUGGACUGGAAAAUCGUGAUUUCCAUGGAGGUGCUGUUGCACUGGAACUACAUCACUUGUCGUCCAGCAGAAUCCCCGAAAAAGCGCCUGUAACGACGCCGCCUCCUACUACGAGCACCGAGUGA